AUGGCAACCGAAGGAAAAGAAGUCUACCGCUUGGCCUGUCCAGAGGCUAGCAACUGCCCUGACAUGCACAUCUCCCACGGAUUGCCCUUCACCGAGUCCUGCGCCAAACACGCAGAGCAAACCUUCCAAGCGAAGCGCGUGUACAUCAUCGCAUCUACAAGUCUGUCUAAGCAGACUUCGCUUGUCUCGGAUCUGGAGCAAGCUCUCGGGGAUCGACACGCAAAGACCUGGAUUGGAAUCCGCCCUCAUACGCCCUGGGACGACCUAGUGCCUAUCAUUAACGACAUCCGCAAAGUAGAGCCUGAUCUCCUGGUCACUCUUGGUGGAGGGUCUCUCUCAGAUGGGGCGAAAGUGAUUGUCUACGCCGUGGUGAAUGGAGUCCAGACAGUCGACGACUUGGACCGUUUAUACCAGGCCAGGGCUGCAGAUGGCACUCCCAUGCGCGACAGGACCGGCGUUGGCAACGAACCCACGUUGCCUAUCGUCUUUAUCCCGACUACGCUCUCAGCUGGCGAGUUUUCCUGCUAUGGAGGAUCGACCAACCCGGUUACCCUGCACAAGCGCAUCAUGAAGCAUCCCAAGAUGUUCGCGCGACUGGUCAUUCUGGAUCCUCGCCUGACACUAACCACGCCGCAGUGGGUGUGGAUCUCAACUGGUGUCCGGGCUAUUGACCACUGUGUCGAGGCCCUGUGCUCAAACGAUCCUCUUUCGAAGGAAUUGCUGCAAAUUGCAGAGAGAUCACUUGUUACACUGGCGAAGAAUCUUCUGCUCACAGUGAAAGACCCAGCACAACUUCAGCCUCGACUUGAUUGUGCCAUCGCCGCGGGUGACAUUGCCGGUAAUCUUCUGUUGGCCCCGCAGGUUUCUGUUGGUGCGAGUCAUGGAAUUGGACACCAGCUCGGGCCUCUCGGUGUAGGACACGGCCAGACCAGCUGUGUGAUUUUGCCGGCCGUUCUUCGCUUCAAUCGGCAACACUCGCCAGCGGAUAGUGACCAGCCAGAGAAGCAGGACCGAGUCAAGCGAGCUAUAUGGAAUAGUGACCCUACAGUGGAACGCAUUCUGGCUGGGGAAGGGGGAUUGGAUAAAGACUUGGCGGAUGCGAGUGCCACUGUCCGUGGACUGUUCAAUGCGUUGGAUAUGCCGAGUACACUCAAGGCCGUUGGGGUGGAUCGAAGUCACUUUGAUGCCCUGGCUGUGAAUAGCUUGGAUGAUGUUUGUACUGCUGCUAAUCCUGUGCCGUUGAAGAAGGAGGAUAUUCUGGAGAUACUGGAGAGCGUGGCUGAAUGA